AUGCUCGUGAGCACACGUGCUCUCUCCUCUCACGCUAAACCUACCGAGGCUCAACUGGAUUUCCGACAGUUUCUCGAAAAGCUUCGAGAGGACAAUGACCUUGUGGACAUCAAAGAUGAGAUUGACCCGUACCUUGAAGCCGCAGCUAUAGUCAGGAGGGUCAGCGAGACAGACAAUCUGGCGCCUCUGUUCCACAAUAUCAAAGGGGCAAAAGGAGGACUCUGGAGGAUGUUCGGUAAUGCAGCUAGUUUGCGACCGGACAAGAAAGAAAAAUACGGACGCCUGGCAAGGAACCUUGGAUUGGAGCCAACCGCUACAUGGAAAGAGCUGACGGAGAAGACUAUCGCGGCGAAAAAGAGAACCCUAUUGAAACCCAACGUUCUCCCUACUGCUCCCUGCAAGAAGAAUUCUAUCAGUGCAGAGGAGAUCAACCUGCACGAACUUCCGGUCCCUCAGGUCCACGCUGAAGAUGGAGGAAAGUACAUGCAAACAUACGGCAUCCAUGUUCUCCAGACUCCAAACAAAGGUUGGACUAACUGGUCCAUCUUCCGCGGCAUGGUACACGAUCGCAACCAUCUUUGCUGUCUUGUUGGAUCGGGCCAACAUAAUUCGAUGAUCCGCGACGAGUGGCGCAAGAUGGGCGCAAAAGAGAUGCCCUGGGCAUUGGCGCUGGGAGUCCCACCGGCCGCGAAUCUCGUUGCUGCUCUACCGAUUCCGAAGAAUGUAUCAGAAGGUGAAUAUGUGGGAGCCCUUGUGGGGAAGCCCCUGGACCUUGUCAAAUGUGACAACAACGACCUGCUCGUACCGGCUUCGAGCGAGAUCGUGCUCGAAGGCGCCCUUCUGCUGGAGGAGACGGGAAUGGAAGGGCCAUUCGGGGAUUUCCUUGGCGUAGUCUUCGAUGGCGAUGCGCACAAGCAACCGCUAUUUCGCGUCGAUAAAAUCACGUACCGUGAUGAUGCUAUCCUGCCAAUCUCUGUGCCCGGGCGGAUCACAGAUGAGUCGCAUACCACCGCUGCGCUUGCCGCUGGAGAGGUGCUCUCCCUCUGCGGAGAUUACGAUAUUCCUAUCAAAGAGGCUUGUGCGUCAUUGGAAGUCAUGGGUACAUGGCUCGCGCUGCAAAUCGACACAGAAAAGCUGCGAGCCCUCAAGACAAAUCCCAAGGACUUUGUAAACAAACUUGGAAAGAUCCUUUUCAACCAUAAAAGUUGCAUGCUGAUCAACAAGAUCAUCCUGGUAGGUGAUCAUGUGAAUGUGUACGAAUUCCGAGAUGUCAUGUGGGCUCUGGCCACAAGAUGUCGCCCCGGCCGGGAUGAAUACGUAUUCGAAGACGUGCCGGGUUUCCCAAUGACACCUUAUAUGUCUCAUGGCGGCCAUGGACCUCCAACGAAGGGCGGAAAGGCGAUUUGUGAUGCUCUUAUGCCUGCAGAGUACACAACAGGCUGUCAAUUUCAUGAAGUCUCUUUCGAAAAAUCCUAUCCCAAACACGUCCGGGAAAGAAUUGAGAGCAACUGGCAGCGAGGGGGCUUUAAUAAGGUGUAG